UUCAUUUCCAGACAUCCCACGGGACCGACAAGCAACAAACUGCAGCGACCCCCCUCCUCUCCCCUCCCUCUCUCUUCCUCCGCUCUGCUAUGACCUGUAGCACUUCAACCCACACCACCACUUGACCCCGCUCCCCGCGCCGCCGUCGCCGCCGCCGCCCUCGCCGGUGUCCAUGGCGGCCGAGGCGACCACCUCGUCGUCCUCGUCCACCCACCACCCGCCCCACGCCACCGCGGCGGUCCCGGCCCCCGCCACGCGGCACGAAAUCCAGGCGGCCAUCGCCAAGGCCACCGAGCUGCGCGCGCUCCACGCCGCGCUCCUCCAGGGCCAGGGCGCCGCGGCGGCCAAUGCCGGGAGCGCGUACAGCCGCAGCCCCGCCGCGUCGCUCAUCCGCCUCCCGCCUGGCGCGUCGCCCGCGCUCUCCAAGGCCGCCGCCGCCGCCGUCGCCGAGGACUACCCCGUCUUCACUCCGACUUAUGAUGAAGAGGCACUUAGUGGAAUGAAUUAUAUUCGCCAAGACAACAGGAGCCUAUCUGAGAACUGGAGCGGAAUCGGCUUGGAUCAUGAAGGUCAGGAAGAUGAGGUGGCUUUCUCAGAUUUCGACAAUCACAACACAUUCUCUUCAUCAAACAGUGAGCUCCACUUUUCUUCAUCGAACGAGCAUCGACGGAACAGAAUGGGAUGCAGAAACCAUCCAUCCUUCCUUCAGCCUGCUCUCUCCACCGACAGUUUCAUCAAAUCGGCUAGCAAGAGGACAGAUUUGGCAGAAUUCAAAGCUGUGACUACUUGCAACACCUGCAAGCCUGCAACAAUCAGUAGGCACCCUGAAGCCGAUGUCGAUGCUCUCAAGAACCUCAGCAGUAGAGUGCCGCCGCAGUCAAAUUACCACCCAUCCAUCUGCUCAAGGCCAAGGCAGAAGGGGCCACAUAUUCUCUCGUGGCUCUUACCCAAGUCAAAGAGGAAAGUGAAGUCGGACAUGUCGCCAAACACCGUCGAAUGCGAGAACAUGUCACAGCUUCUUAAGGAAUGGGGGGUGUUUUCUCUAGAAUCUCUGAAAAAGGAGCUUGCUGAGGCCAAUGAAAAUAGGGAUGCUGCUCUUCAAGAAGCUGCAGAGAUGAAAUCGUCGUUAGGAGAACUGACCACCAAGCUAGUGAGCUUGGAAGGGUACUGCUCGGAACUGAAGAAGGCUUUGAAGCAAGCGACCAGCACCAAGAACAUGAUAUCUCACUCGAAAAGAUCAGCUAGAUCACUUGCUGUUAGUAGAGACAAUUCUAUGCCCGUCAGUCAUGAAGUAAUGGUGGAGGGUUUCUUGCAGAUAGUAUCAGAAGCUCGCCUUUCCAUCAAACAGUUCUGCAAGGUAUUAAUCCAACAAGUUGAAGAUGCUGACAACGGACUAUCUGAUAAGCUAAACUUACUCCUACAACCUUAUCAAGUCACGCUAACCGACAAGCACCCGAAGGUAGUACUGUAUCAUCUCGAAGCUCUGAUGAACCAAGCAAUGUAUCAAGAUUUUGAGAACUGCACAUUCCAGAAGAACGGGCCACCCAAGUAUCUCGACCCAAAAGAAGAUCGUCAGGAGAACUUUGCUUCAUUUGUUGCGCUUCGCAACUUGAGCUGGAAUGAAGUCUUGAAGAAGGGCACCAAGUACCACUGUGAGGACUUCAGCCGCUUCUGCGAUCAGAAAAUGAGCUGCAUUGUCUCCAUGCUGAACUGGUCAUGGCCAUGGGCAGAGCAGCUGCUGCAGUGCUUCUUUGUGGCUUCCAAGUGCAUCUGGUUGCUCCACCUGCUGGCAUUCUCAUUCAGCCCACCUCUGGUGAUAUUGCGCGUCGAGGAGAACCGGGCAUUCGAUCAGAUGUACAUGGAAGACAUCCAUCUUGACAAGCAAAGGUCACAGAACCCUUGCCAAGUAAAGAUCAUGGUGACUCCCGGGUUUUAUGUCCAAGAUCGGGUGCUCAAAUGCAGGGUACUCGGCAGGUACAGCUAGAUCUUUGACAAAAUGCUGAUUUAUCUUUUAGUUUCCUUGACCAAUUGAUGUUAGCUUAGUAGUAGCAUUUGUCUGUUAAGUUGCAAAGUAUACAAGAAUGUCAGGAUAUUGGUUCACGUGUGUGCCUAGUGGCUAGUGCCAAUAGAUCUGUAGUACCAUCUGCUGAGUAAGCAAGCCAUCUGCAGUUCUGCACGACAGAUUUAU